AUGGUUCGGGAGACCGACCUCCUCGGCGUGAAGCCCACCGCCGGCGAUGACGAGAUUAAGAAGGCAUACAGGAAAAGUGCUCUCAAGCACCACCCUGACAAGGGCGGUGACCCCGAGCUCUUCAAGGAUCUGACUCACGCCUAUGAGGUGUUGUCCGACUCUCAGAAGCGCGCGAUCUACGACCAGGCGGGCAAGGAGGGCCUCGAGGGCGGCGGCGGUAUGGGUGGCAUGGGCGGCAUGGAGCACGACCUGUUCUCGCAGCUCUUCGGCGGCGGUGGCGGCGGCUUCUUCGGUGGCGGCGGUGGCCGGCCGUCUGGACCACGCCGCGGGAAGGACCUCGUGCACCGUAUCGGUGUCUCGCUCGAGGACCUCUACAAGGGCAAGGUCCAGAAGCUCGCGCUUUCCAAGUCGGUGCUCUGCAAGGGCUGCGACGGUCUCGGCGGCAAGAAGGGUGCGGUCAAGCAGUGUGCGUCAUGCCGUGGGCAGGGCGUCAAGGUCAUGUUCCGCCAGCUCGGGCCCAUGAUGCAGCAGAUCCAGCAGCCCUGUAACGAGUGCGAGGGCACUGGUGAGAUCAUGGACCCCAAGGACCGCUGCAAGGUGUGCCACGGCAAGAAGGUCAACUCGGAGCGCAAGGUCCUGGAGGUCCACAUCGACAAGGGCAUGAAGAGCGGACAGCAGAUCAAGUUUGCCGGAGAGUCGGACCAGGCGCCAGGCAUCGUGCCCGGCGAUGUAAUUAUCGUCGUCGAGGAGAAGCCACACGAGCGCUUCCAGCGCAAGGGUGACGAUCUCUUCACGGAUGUCGAGAUCGACCUUCUUACUGCGCUCGCUGGCGGCGAGUUUGUUAUCCCCCACCUCGACGACCACGCGCUCCAUGUCACAAUCGUUCCGGGUGAGAUCAUCAAGCCCGGAGCUCUUAGAUGCAUUUCGGGCCAGGGCAUGCCUUCUUACCGUCACCACGAGCUCGGCGACCUCUUCGUGCGCAUCAACGUCAAGUUCCCCGACCACCUCGACCCAUCCGCCUUCCCUCUCCUGGAGAAAGCCCUUCCCAAGCGCCCGGCGCUCCCCAAGCUCGACCCCAAGCUGCACUUUGACGAGGUCACGCUUGAGGAGCCCAACGACCGUCAGCGCCGCACCGCGGCCUCGAGCGGCGACGACAUGGACGAGGACGACGACGAGCGCCCGGGUGUCCAGUGUGCCCAGCGUGAGUUUCAAUAGGCUCAUUUGAACUGUGAACCGAGCUAACUCGCAGAAUAAACAUCUCCACCAUUAUCUCUGCAUCUACCCACCCGACGCGUGCGUAUACGCCGCUUCGUAUACCCACCGACGACGCCCGUCGACCUUGAUAGAGCGUUACGAUUCAUGUCUUUUGCAUUGGUCGAUAUGCACACUGUAU